AUGCCCAGCGUCGGGCAGGCCAUCUUCUGCGGGUGGAUGGCCAUAGGAAACGUCCUGGGCUAUAUGGCCGGUGCCGACAGUGACUGGCACGUGUGGCUCCCUUGGCUCAAAACUACGGCGUGCUGCGAAGCCUGCGCAAAUCUCAAGGGCGCCUUCCUCACAGCUGUGAUCGUCAUUAUCAUCAGUACGUCCAUCACCAUGUAUAUUGCUGAAGAGAAGCAGCUCCACAAUGCCGACCUGGAGGCCUCCUCUGGCCGUCGUGGAUGCAUAUGCGGCUUUGGCGACUUCUACAAGAGCUUGAAGAACCUUCCCCCAUCUAUGUUCAAAGUGCUCGCCGUCACGGCUGUAACCUGGCUGGCGUGGUUCCCCUUCAUCCAGUAUGGCACUGACUGGAUGGGCAAGGAGAUCUACCACGGCGAGCCGCAGGGGCCCAAGGUGGCCGUCUACUACGCCGGCGUCCGCGAGGGCGCCGUCGGUCUGCUGCUCUCUUCUAUGUGCCUCUUGGCCGCCUCCUUCAACACCCCCCACCUUUGCGGUAGGCUCACGUCCAGGGUCGUGUGGUCCUUAAGCAACUUCAUCCUAUUUGGCAUCAUGACGGCCAUGGUGAUCCUUGGCUUGGUCUCCACCAAGGGGUACAACGCGUCUUUCACAGCUGGCCUCUCCGGCCCUGACCCCAAGCUCAGGGUCAUCGCGCUCUCCCUCUUCGCGCUCAUCGGAAUCCCACAGGCCGUGUUGUUCAGUGUACCGUGGGCUGUUGCUUCUAAGGUUGCCGACGACCGUGGCCAAGGCCUCGCCAUUGGUGUCCUCAACAUUGCCAUCAUCGUGCCGCAGCUGAUUAUCGUGCUCACCGCUGGCCCGAUCGACAAAGCCUUUGGAAAGGGCAACACACCGGCAUUCGGCGUUGGUUGCGCCUUCGCCUUCAUCUGUGCAGUCCUUGCGCUCAUCCUGCUUCCCAAGACAAGAGGCACGAGAGGGACGUCCAAUGCCACCGCCAUGGCCUCCAGGGAGCGCUGA